AAAUCAAAACUGCUACGAAUAAUGAAUCUGGAGAACAGCACUGUGAAGACUGAGUUCUUUCUGUUGGGAUUCAGUGAUCAUCCAGAGCUCCAGAGUUUUCUAUUUGCUGUGUUCUUCUCCAUCUACUCUGUUACUCUGACAGGGAAUAUUGGGAUGAUCUUAUUGAUCACAGUCAGUUCUAAUUUACACAUUCCCAUGUACUUUUUCCUCUGUAUGCUGUCCUUCAUAGAUGCAUGCUACUCUUCUGUCAUUGCCCCCAAGUUACUUGUGGAUCUGAUGUCUGACAAGAAGGUCAUUUCUUACAAUGGCUGUGCUACACAGUUGUAUUUUUUCUGCUCCUUGGUUGACACAGAAUCUUUCCUUUUGGCUGUCAUGGCUUAUGACAGGUACAUUGCAAUCUGUAACCCUCUGCUUUAUACUGUAGUUAUGUCUAAGAGAGUCUGCACUCAGUUAGCAAUUGGAGCAUUCUUAGGGGGGACUAUGAGUUCAAUAAUCCACACGACUAAUACUUUCCAGUUGUCAUUCUGCUCCAGAGAAAUUAACCAUUUCUUCUGUGACAUCUCUCCACUCUUCUCUCUGUCCUGUUCUGAUACCUACACACAUGACAUCAUUUUGGUGGUCUUUGCGAGUUUGGUGGAAGCUGUCUGUCUUCUUGCUGUUCUCCUUUCAUACACAUACAUUAUAGCAGCCAUCCUUAAAAUAGGCUCUGCAGAGGGAAGAAAGAAAGGGUUUUCUACUUGUGCUUCUCAUCUGGCAGUAGUUACUAUUUAUCAUGGGACCCUGAUUUUUAUUUAUUUACGCCCUAGUACAGGGCAUUCAAUGGAUAUUGACAAAAUGACCUCUGUGUUCUAUACUUUGAUUAUACCCAUGCUUAACCCGUUGAUAUAUAGUCUCAGAAACAAAGAUGUGAAAAUUGCUUUUGGAAAAAUUAUUAGCAAAAAAUUAUUUUCUUAA